AUGAGGCUGGUAAUUCCCAACCCGGGGCUGGAUCAGCGGAUCCCCAGCCACCAGGACCUGGAAAGGAUGGAGAAGGAGCAGGUCAGCGACAGGCCCAAGUGGGACAACAAAGCCCAGUACAUUCUGACUUGCGUGGGCUUCUGCAUUGGAAUUGGCAACGUGUGGCGAUUCCCUUAUUUGUGUCAAACUCAUGGAGGAGGUGCCUUUCUGAUCCCCUACCUGAUCCUGCUGGUGCUGGAAGGAAUGCCUCUCUUGCUGAUGGAGUUUGCCAUUGGCCAACGUCUGAGGAAAGGCAGCGUGGGGGUGUGGAGGGCCAUCAACCCCUAUCUGACCGGUGUCGGCAUUGCCUCCAUGCUGGUGUCACUAAUAAUUGGACUCUACUACAACACCCUCAUAGCGUGGAUCAUGUGGUAUCUUUUCAACUCCUUUCAAGACCCGCUGCCCUGGACGCAGUGUCCCCUCAAUGGAAACAGAACAGGAUUUGUAGAUGAAUGCCAGCGGAGCUCCACUGUAGAUUAUUUCUUUUACAGGGUGACUCUGGACACGUCGACCUCUAUAGAUAAUUCUUCAGGAAUCCACUGGCCCAUGGUGGUCUGUCUGUUGGCUGCCUGGACCUUCAUCUGUAUCUGCUACAUUCAGGGGAUCAGCACUUCAGGAAAGGCAGUUUACAUCACUGCCAUCCUUCCUUACAUUGUGUUGGCCAUCUUCCUGGUCCGGGGCCUGACUCUUAAAGGUGCUCUGAGCGGAAUACAGUACCUCUUCAUCCCGGAUGUUAAUGAGUUGAUGAACCCAACAACCUGGUUGGAUGCAGGCGCCCAGGUAUUUUACGCCUUCAGCGUAGCGUGGGGUGGCCUCAUCUCCUUCUCGAGCUACAACCCUAUUCACAACAACUGCAUGCAGGACGCUGUGAUGCUGACCGCAAUAACUGGUCUCACUUCAAUCUACGCCGCCACAGUCACAUACUCCAUCAUCGGCUUUAGGGCCACUGAGAAAUACGACACCUGUGUCUCUGAAAACAUCAGGACAUUAUUGAACUCAUUUAACCUUCCUGAGAGCAGCAUAAAUACAACCAACUAUGAUGCAGCAUUUAAUCAUCUGAACAGCUCCCACCCUGAUGUGAUUCUUGGUCUGGAUCUCCAAACCUGCGACAUGCAGAAAUUUCUCAGUGAGGGAGUGGAGGGAACGGGUCUUGCCUUCAUCGUCUUCACUGAGGCCAUCACCAAGAUGCCCGCCUCCCCGAUUUGGUCCGUCCUCUUUUUCAUCAUGCUCCUCUGCCUGGGAGUCUCAACGCUGUUUGGCAACAUUGAGGGAGUGGUGAUCCCACUGAAGGACCUGAAUGUGUUACCCCGAAGCUGGCCCCAUGAAGCACUGACGGGAGCAACAUGUGUCAUUGCCUUCAUCAUGUGCCUCCUGUUUGCACAAACCUCUGGACUUUACUGGGUAACUCUCUUUGACAACUUUGCUGGAUCGGUUCCCCUACUGACCAUUGGACUGUUUGAGCUGAUUGCUGUCGUUUACAUCUACGGCAUCGACAGGUUCAAUGAAGACAUUAAGUUCAUGAUCGGACACAAGCCCUCCAUCUUCUGGCAGGUUUCAUGGAGGUUCAUCAGUCCUUUAAUAAUCUUGGUUAUCUUAGUUUUCUACCUGGUGACUCUAGCUCAAAAAGAGCUCACGUAUUUAGUCUGGGACCCAAACUCUGACGUGUUUCCGGUUCAGGCAUCGGUUCCGUACCCUCCGUGGAUCUCCGCUGUCAUCUUUCUGUUGGCUGGGGUCCCCAGCCUGGCCAUGCCUGUGUACGCAUUAUGUCGGCUGGUCUUUGUUGGGUGCAAGCAGAAGAGAAACCCGAGCAAGAAAUCAGGCCAAAACUGAAAAAGACCCCAACACCAUGCCUGAAACAAUAGUUUUAUAAGUUUGAUUUCAUCGUUGGCAUUACUUUAUGUGUUUCCUUUAAGAUCUAGAUCUGCCUAUUUAUUACCAUUUAUAUAUUUUCUCAGGUACAGUAAUAUUCUUGACAUUUCUGUUUUAGAAAAUUAAAUAGUAUCUGCUACUCCUAGAUUGACCUUUUUAUCCAUCUUCAAUAUCUCAAGACAUGUUUUCCAAUUCAAAACCAAAAUGUAAUUUACCAUAUAUUUGGAUUUGCCAUAUAUUUGGCAUUUAAUGCAUCACUUGUUGCCAGCUAAGUUCAGAUUGCCAGCAACCAGAUUUUCAGUCUACUUUUCAAAAUUAACCAUUAGUUGAAACGCAAAGGGUGUAGAGCAGUAAAGCGGCCAAUAGAGGGCGAUCUCACUGAGACAAAAAUUAGACCAAACAUAAAAAAGGGUCCCUAAAGUACAACCGUGAUUUUAUUUGCAUUAAUUAAUCAAACAAGACCUGAUGUGCUUAUUUCAAAAGCCUGAAUGCACUACAAUAAAGUUAAAAGAAAAGGAACGAAUUUGGAAAAUGACUCAUGUAUCGAAGCUUAUGUUCAGCUCUGGUUGCUCCUUUAUGCUGGCUGCUGUCGGUGUUGGUCUAAUGAUUUAUGUCAAAGGUUGCACACAGCAGCACCUCACGAAACGUUGUGUUUUGUACCGUUUGUACCUGGCCACUGUGUGAGCGAAACUCCCUCUUCCUCAACCUCCCUGUAAAAUGAAAAGUGCUGCUGCUGUGCAGUCUGAAAAAAAGAAGGAAGCUCAAAACUCAUCCUCAUCAGUGUGCGUACAAGAAAGGCUCCAUAA